AAUAAUAAUGACAUAAGCAGGUUGACGAGGUGCUACCGUUUAAUUUGUUAUCGGGCAGGUGGGAAUCCCAAAAUGACCAAAUACUAAAGAUACCCGUAAAUAGAUAUUUUCAAAGAAUAUAAAUUCCGCAGGUGAGGACAGGAAAGAUGUCAGCUGAGGGGAGGCAGUUCAAGAAGCCUUCCCAACAGGAGAUCUACCGCGAUGCUGCUCGGAUUGUUGAGGAGUUGUUGUAUGCACGACUGGAAAAGAACGGGCCGAGCACUCUCCACCCAAUUGUUACCGCACUGCCUCUGCAGAAAACGUUCUGUCAGAAGACGUGCCAGACGAUGAGGCGUGCAAUGACGAUGAACACCUCGUCAGGUCUCAGACCGCACCAUCCAGGUUCAAGUGGGACGGGAAGGGCAAGGAGAAGAAAGCCAAAAAAUCUAGAAGUCGCGCAGGUAGCAAGUCGAAGAAAUCACAAGAUGGAGACAGUAAGCAGUUGAGUGGUGUACCAGCUCAGGUGUCUGGCCACGACACCGAGAUGGCCAAAGGUGACCAUGAUUCGCAUGAUAAAAAGUCCCCUGAUAACUCAAAUGUAGAAAGAAAGUCUAGUGUUUCACAGAGGAAGAAAACUAAUUUACCUGUUAAUGGUUAUUGUUCAUCUUCGGAAAGUGAUGGUGAGGGUAGAACAAAAAAGUCGUCCCCAGUGAUAAGACGAAAAAAGAGCUUUUUCAAGAAAGCGAAGGAACGGCUUAUUAGCACGUUUCACCGAGACGAGAAAUCUGAUGAUGAUGAUAUUUACAUUCACGGACCUGAAAAGGACAAGAAAAAGAAACGAUCGAAGCACAAAAAGGUGGCGCAUGAUGCUUCGCGUUUCUCGCAGGGUGACGUGAGCGGAAACGCUACUGUACAUGCAGAUGCUGAUCUCAAGUUAAAGGUGAAUGAUGUUCCAGAUGGAAAUGGUGCCUCAGCUGAGCAUGAGGGACCCCUCAGAAGGAAUUCAGCGGGAAAACGAUUCCUGGAUUCUGUGCGCAAAUCAUUCCGAAUGAAGAAAAAGAGCCACGUUCCUGAAUCUCACUCUGCGGAACCUGUGUCUUCCAAAUCGGGACGAGACUACUCUCGAAGUUCGUCAACCUCGAACGAUCGCACUAGUCUUCUGAACUUACCUAUGCCUAAGGCACAGGGCCUCAGUGAGAGCGAGACGUCCACUACCCGCCACCCUGAACCUGCCAGACAAGACCAGUCAAUCAAUGUUAACCCUGGACUCGGUAGACUCUGGCCUGCCACGAUUCCCGAGCACGGUCCGUACGACACUGACUUUAAACGCCGUGAUGACAAGCACGGUCCGUAUGACACAGACUAUAAACACAGUGAUGAUGGUAAAACAUAUGUGAAGACAGAUGAUGGACUGUGGGAACAGAACAACCCACAGAGCGGUCACCAAGGACCUGGAGGGAGCUAUUUGCCGCAGAUUUCCAUCGAAACAGAUGGGAAGGAUGACGAAUCUGAUGGUAAAACUCGCAAAGACCUUAAGGGAACCGAUGAUGAGAAUAUUCCGUUUGAUGAGAAGACAGAGUCCGAGAAGGAAGACGUCAUAGCCAAAGUUGUUCAGAAACUGAUAGAAAUUGGAGACAAUAUAGCGAUCCAGUCACAUUCUUCUGACAGCGAAUCUCGAAACCGUCCAUCAACACAAGCCCAGGCUGAGACUACGGGUGCUAGUGCGCCAGGUGAUGAUGCGUUGUCAUCGCUAGAGAGGGAGAUUCUUGAAUGUCUGAGAGUUGGAGGAGACAGGCUGUCAGAAACUAUGGAAGAUCCCACUGUGGGCCUCAUCCAAGAAGCGACACAAUCGGUGUACGACCAAUUCACGCAGACCAUACGGCAGACGGUUGGGGACGAGGUCAACUGGCACCAGAUGGCGCUAGUGUUCCACGCCAGUCGCACAGCUCUCAAUGCAGUGGGCGUCGGCACGACAAAGGCUCGCCGCCUCAAGGAGAUGACAAUUAAAUAUGUCACGGACAAAUGUGCGUCCUGGAUCUACGAACAAGGAGGCUGGGAGAGUGUGGUGAGUGAAGACUCGGACUUAGACUAACAAAUCUGAGUGGUGAUGAUGAUGGUGUUGACGAGGAUGAUGGUGAUGAUAUCAGUUUGUACAGCGCUGAUCUCAGCAACAGCAAUGCAUAUGUUCAAUGUUCAUACUGACAACAUUCCUGGCAAUUGUGUUCACUUUUAACUAUAAUUUUUUAUUCUUUUUAUCUAUUAGUAAACAUAAGCAAAUAACUUAAAGAAUACUAUUGUUAGGUGUUUAUAUUACAAUUUUAAACAUGCCUCAAAUGUUGAAGAAUUGAAUUGUGCAGAAACGUAACUCAGUGGCAGCUUAUCAUUCCCAGCAUGCAUCAUUCCACAUCAGUCAUAGGCGAUGUCACAGACACAUUGGGUAAAUUAGUCUUGCCAAAAUUAAAGUGGCAAUAUGAAGUGUUUUAUACAUAUUGUUACAGUUUUAUACAGGAUGUGAGUUUUAUUUGGUUAGUUGGAUAUUUUCCUACAGUGUAAUAUUAACUGCUUCUACAAAUGACUUGAGUGGGGUAUUCGGAUCAUCAUCAGAAUUUGCAUUUUAAAAUAGUAGGAAUUGGGUUCAUGAUUACAGAAGCAGAGUAUUUUGUGUGUAACAUACCGCUGUACACGUGAGUUGAGUCUAAAGUCUCUAGCU